GGUUCGACAAAGGGCAAGCAGGCCACUAAAGGCCAAAAGCAGAUUGUAGAAGAGAACAAGUCCACAUUAACAUUCUACAUAUAUUUGAGUGUUGCCAUAACAGUUGCCUACCUUCUGUUGACAUACAUAUUCUUCUGGGAUUCGUUUACCACAUAUUAUCAGGUGCUGUGGAUGCUGACAUGUGCGGUCUACGCCGGCUCGUAUCGGACAAUGGCAUACAUGGCCAAGGCAGCAUACUCACCGACGGGCCAACUGCUGGAUGGUGGGAUCGAUCUGAACAUGGAAGCCGGGUUUGGAGAGCAUCUUAAAGACAUAGUUUUACUCACAGCCAUAAUGCAAAUGUUGACGUUGUUGUCAAACUACUUCUGGCUGAUAUGGUUACUGGUGCCGUUUCGAGGUUUCCACCUGCUGUGGGUGAACGUGCUCGGACCGUGGUUCUUUGCACCGGCUCCGGAAGAAGAGAUCAGCGACAAGAAACAGAAGAAGCUGGACAGAAAGAUGAAGCGGCGCCAAUGAAGCGAAGCAUCUGCAUCGGUCGUGCGUCGGAAUGCGAACGUCUGCAUCAGACGGUUAACCGCAGCUGCGCACGUUGCUCUGGUAGUCAGAAAGCUUAUUUGCUGGUACCAUGAACGUAUCUAUGCAGUGCGUAGUCGUGUUCUUCGCCCGGUACACUAUCGAGGGCAAGUUUGUUUGGUGUAGGUUCCGUUUGGUGAAGGUCGUUUGAUUGUGAUCUGCGUGUACACGUGCAAUAUCUCUUCUUACCGGUGAGAUAUUGUCUUCGCCUAGCAGAAUGCGAGUCAGAGAACUGUGUUGGUGACCCGGCCGAUCAAAUUAUUGAUUGCGGAAACCCUGGUCAAAAGUUAAAUCGAAUAAACGUGACCCAAUGGUGAUACACCUGUUGUGCUGCCAUCUGUUGUCAAAUAAAAGUGGGAAUUCAUAAAAUGUUUCUGAGAUUAGUUUGCACGGGUGAGUAAAGGAAGAAAUAAUUUGGUUUUAGGAUCUUCUUUGAGAGACAAUGUACGAUUGUAAUUGUUACUACAAAUUGCAUUCCAGAUGCACAUAUCAUUGGAUGGUUACCUGCGCAUUGAUUUAUAGCAAAAAAUUGUGUAUGCCACUAUAAUAACCUAAUUUAUAAAUUUUAUGUCAGGUUUGUUGUAAACAAUUCUUGAACUGUGGUGUUUGUUAUAAUAAAUUUUGUUACAGAA